UCAAUUAGAUUCUGAAAAGACGGAAAAGAUGAAUUGGGGCGUGAGUGCCUGAAUUCAAUAAUACAGCUACCAAAAGCCCAAUUGGGGUGACAAUAAGACCAAUUGGGGCGCGCACGCCCCAAUUCGUCUAAUUGCCGCCUCAAUUGGUUUUAUUGCCGCCCCAAUUGGGCUUUUCUUCGCCCAGAUGCCUUAUAAACUCCCUGUAUCGUCUUCUUCCUCCAUAAACUCCCAACAAUUCGCCUGAAACUUACCUUUAAGCCGCCGGAAAUCGCUUCCUUUUCAUCAACCACCCAAACCCCGUCGGAAAUCGACUUCUCCAACUCUCCUUUUUCAUUCCGCCGGCCAUAGAAGCCGAAGAGCUUGACGAUAGAGGAGGGCACCAUGUCGAGAAUCCCGGCCGUGGUGGCCGAAGGAGAGCCAGAGGCGGUGGUGGUCGGCGAUCAGUAGCUCGUCGUGAGUCCCGCCGGCAAUCUCUCUAUUUAUUGCCGGCGGCGAGGUUCCGGUUACCGGCGCGAGUCUCCGGCAAGGUUUUUAAAUAUGUUUUUAAUUCUGUUUUGUGUGUUAAUUGCAGCUCCUAUUGUUUAUGAUCAAUAUGCUUUGAUGCCGCCACCUAGAACGUUAAAUCCGGCUCCAUUAGAGAAUGAAUUAUUAUGGGCGGAUGGUGAACAUCGAGCCAAUUUGGUUUGGGCAAAUGAGGUAUAUACUUUAAUUUAUGAAUUAUAAGUUAUUUUAAUUUAGUUUGAAUUAGUAUGCAUUAGGGAAAAGUACUCAUUAGUAUGAGUUAGCAUGGAUUAGCAUAAUAUUUUAUUAGUGGUUAUGAAUAUUCUAGAUUUACAGUAAAGUUAUAGUGUGAUAUACUUAUUUUGAUUAAAUGGUUACAUGAUGAUGAAUAUAGGCUUUGGUUCGUCCAUAUAAGACUCGAGGUACAUCUAUAUUAGGCAAGUAUUACGAAGUUUAUGAACCAUACAUUCGGGCUGCUGGAUUGUAUACUGUUAUGGAGCUUGCCCUGUUGCAUGGUGAUUCUGACUUGAUCACGACAGUAGUGGAGCAUUGGCGACCAGAGACCUCCACUUUUCACCUCCCUUGUGGCGAGUGUACCAUUACUUUGGAGGAUGUUGUCGUGCUUAUAGGGCUAUCAGUCGACGGACAGGCUGUGAUCCUAGAUAUACCGAACUCAUCAUUGGAUGAUAUAUGCAUGAGUCUACUUGGGAAACUUCCUCCUGUAGAGCAGUGAUCAGAUCUUGCGAAUGGACGUGUUAAGUACUCUUGGCUUAGAGACGCGUUCACUACCUUGCUAGAGGAAGCUUCAGAUCAUACUACUAGUCAGUAUGCGCGGGCAUAUUGCAUGCUGCUUUUAGGAGGAGUGAUGUUUCCUGAUCGAUCUGGAGCUGAGAUGCAUCUUAUGUAUGGUCUACUUCUCAAGGAUUGGGCACGUGCAGGAGGCUAUGCAUGCGGCGCAGCUGUAUUAGCAUACUUAUAUCGAGAGCUUGGUAGGACCACUUUGAGGAUGACAUCUGCACCGACUAUGGGAGGUGAUCUUAGAGGUUGGACCGACUUGAUAGCUGCAUGGGUGCGGGAGCGAUUUCCAGCCCUCACCCCUUUAGAUACACGCAACUGUCAGCCUGUCACGGAGGAUUCACAUCCACGUGCUGCGAGGUGGUUGCCCCACCUACAUUAGCUCACACGGACUACAUGCAGUGGUUUAGAGUGUUCAUGGAUGAGAGUAGACAACCAUUUGUGGUGAACUGGUGAUUAAUUAGAACCAAAAAAUAGAUUAUAUUAAUAAUCACCAUUAAAUUAUAAUACUAAUUAGAAUAUUUUGCAUUGAUCAUGUCAUGUUUGGACUUUGGAUGUAGUGGCGUCCUUAUCUGGAGAGAUCCAGAUUUUGCAGCCUAUGUACUGGAGUCGGCGACCUUUCGAGCGGUGGUUCCACUGAUUUGUUUUCGAGCAGUGGUCUGGCACCAUCCAGAUCGUACGUUACGUCAGUUUGGCAUGGAUCAAAACAUACCCCAUAGUCUAUAGAGCUCAGAGGAGAUAUUGUGGUUGCUUCGUCAGGACCAGCGAGGAGUACCAUUAGGCGCCGACUUGUGCACCACGUAUCAAGAGACGAUCGAGUUGUGGGAUAGACGAGCUAUGUAUGUGGCGAGUACGAUCCUUGCGAUGAGGCUUUAUCAGACCACUCGGAGUAUAUGGAGUGGUACCACGAUAUGACUAGACGUACUGUCUCACGGCGUGGUACAGCUGCACGAGCCAUGGUUAGUUUGUCUAUCUUUAUUUUUAUUAACUCUUAAUAUCUAGACAUAUUGAUUUUAACAUAUUUUUCAAAACCAUAAUGUUUCAGCUUGACACUGUAGAGCGUGUGGCUAUGAACCAUGGCCAACUAUGGGUGUUCUCGCUCUCAACAACGGCAAAUGCAAUCAGAAAUAUUUUUUGUUCACCUUCAAAGGAGCUUGCAAUGAGCAACGUACCUUUAUACUUCCCAGUGAGAAACGUUCCAUCAACGAGGAUGACUUCUGGACAACUCUUGAAGCCUUGUAUGCAAGGGCCAAAUGCCCAAAACACUCGUUGGAAGAUCUUGUGGCCUGGCAUAGAUGAGGGGACCGUCACCUAAUCAAUAACAGAUGUUGGG